GUAUCUUAUCUGCCCUUCAAAAUUACAUAUAGCAUUUACAUCCGGAGAAGGGAGCAGUAACUUCUUAUAUUUUACUCGCCUCACGAUUACGUUUACCACGUCAUAUGCCUGCAACCUUGACGUUAGACCAACACCAUGCCACGCCACCGCACACAGUCGCAAACAGGAUCAUCACAUAUUGCCCAGUUAUGCAGAGAGGGUUGGAUUAAACUGUUAAGGUUUUGCCACGAAGAUUGCGCCAAUGACUACUGGGAGCAGCUUGCCGAAGCAGCAGAGCGUCUGCUUUCCUGCAGUAGUCGUGUAGAAAAGCUAUCCGAUUUAGGCUCUCUCUGGCGUUCCGCAGAAUCACAGCUUGCUUUCCUCGGGCUGUAUGACAGGACGCUCCGCGCCCUUCUUAGCACUGAUUCGGUUGUGAGCGGCGAUGCCAGUGAUAACGCACAUCGCGCAAGCAGCAGCAGGACUUUGGGCGACGCUUGCACUCGGGUAGGCAUAGCGAUGACUAAGAUGCUGAAGCAGCUCUUCCGCUUCAAUUGCGUCGAGUGGAGAACCUGUCGUGAAGUUUCCUGGAAUGGGGUUGGCAUCAUGGACGUGGUCGCAUCAGUGGCGCGCGCUUGUAUUCGAUCAGACAUGUUACCUCUUCUGAGCCGGCUCGUCGCCCAGCACUGGUUCACCAGUGUUAAAGAGCAGUUAUCGUGGUACGAGGCUAUCGCUUGUCUGCUGGAGAGUUUGCUGUCCUUCGCCAAUCGGCAUUCGCACGACCGUGAUGGCGGCAGCAGCAGCACCAGCAGUCAAGGCGGCAGCAGCGGCGAAAACUCUGCGCUGAUCCACGAGCUUUUCCAAAGCCUGGAAAACAGCUAUUUAUUGGAGCACCUCGCGCGGGGCUUGUUGCUACACCACAAAGACGCUACUUGCGGUGCGGCCUCUACAUCCACUAACACCCAGGCCCCUGGCAAUACCUCCUCAUCAUCACCUGCCCUGGGAGGGGCGGCAGGUGAUGCACUGCGCUGCGUACUUGGGGCGGUAGAAGUUCAGCUCCUGACAUGUAGGAAAGUCAGCAGGGACAACGCCUUGGCCGCGUUUUGCCCCUUGGGCGAGUGCGUCCAGUACCUCCUGGUCGCCCAUGUUGCAGCGCAGUUGCAUGCCGCCGAGGCCUUUGAGGGCGCCCCCAUUGACGAUGGCCGCGACCUGAAUGUUGGUGGCCUUGGUGGUGGCGGCAGCAGCAGCACAGCAACUAUGUACGGCCUUGCUGCUGACGCCCUGCCGCCUAUCCUUCAGCAGCGCUGCAAGUGCAACCGAUCAGGCUGCAAGGCUGGGUCAGAUGUGUUGUGCACCGGCUUUUUCCACAACAUCAUGUUGUACUGGGCCGCGGCGCUCAAGCAGGAUGAAGAAACGCAGCAAAGGCAGGUGAUUGGUCCGAGGGCCAUGCUAGCUUUGAGCAUGCGGCUGGCGAAGGUGUCCUUGCUAUGGUGGCAGGUGUCUACCGGCAAGCCGCUCAAGUUUCGAAAGGACCAGGCUGUGUCGGCAACAGGGGCUGCAGUACCCCGAGCCGCCGAGGCGGGGGCACCACCGCCGCAGCAGGCGCGGCGGCUUACCCAGAAGCAGAUGCGGAAAGCUGCGCAGCAGGCAAAGCAGGUGAAGCAGCAGAACGAGAGCGUGGCAGCGCAAUCACGCGCCAAGCAGCCACAGCCAGGGCUGCUGGCCCCUUCUUCUCUCCGUUUCAGGCCGCAGGAAUGCCCCGUCCUGGCUAUGCAGGCACUCAUCACCGCUGCGGAGGUCAUGCACUACACUGCCGGGCGGGGGCGGGGGCGGGGGCGAACGGGCGACCGUGCAGGCGACGGCAGCAGCAUCACGGCAGCGGCUGAGGUUACAUCCGCAGGCAGCAUGGUGGGCGGAAACAGCGCUGACAGCAACAGCACCAGUCGUUGCAACAGUGGAGGCGCGUUCGCAGGGUCUAGCAGCCACACCAGUGGUCACAGCAACACCUCUGGCUGCAGCAGUAGCAGCAAUGGAGGUUGCGGCGUGGUGGCUGUGUAUCCGGAGGAGUGGUGGAGGGAUGCGCUGGCUUCAUUGGACAUCGUAGUUGAGGAGCCCGACAGCCUGGAAGAGGCAUGCAACGUGGGAUAUCUCUUUGAGCUGUUGUGGCUAGUUAUCAUGCAUGAUUAUGAAGGCGGCUACAGUCACCACCGUGGCCUGCUGCUCUCCAGCGCCGUCGCCGCAAACCUCGGCAUCGCACAGCCGCUAGGCUUGGUGCCCUGCCUGGAGCGAGUCCUCCGUCGCGGCCUGCCGCAAAUGCCCGGCUUGGAAGUGGGCUUGUCACAGCUGUUCUCCAGCCUUAUUAAUGAAGAGGGAGCACGGUCACUGCUGCUUACGGUGGAUGCCAAACAAAUGGUGCCGUUCUUGGUGACGACCAGUAAGGCAGUUCCGGUGCUUGUUUCCAAGGAGGUCUCUUCGUCUGACAGCACCGUGGACGUCAUGUGCUCAUUUGCAAUGUACAGUGUACCGAAGGGGCUGCUCGAUGUGAUGCAGCUCUGUGGGAAGGUGUUGGCGCUGGGGGCCACGACCAGCGCCCAGGAUGUUGCAGCCCAGGAGGUGCCAGCAGCCGAGGUCACUUCGCAUGGGGGCGCGUCUGCGCCAGUGCUGCCGGGCUCAGUCGCCAUUGCCGAUAGCUGCCGCGGCUGCGCUGCCAUGGCUGGCCACGACCGCGGUGCUAACGAGGCUAGCGGCGACCGUGAUGCUGGCGAUUCCAGUGACCUUCCGAGCAUCUCGGAGGUGUCCACAGAAGCCGCUGAGCGGAUUCUGCUGAUCGGAUCGGUCAUGGCGGCGCGACGGCUCCCGGUGGUGGCGGCCACCCUGCCGCAGGUGGCAACACGCUUGUUGGGGACACACACCGAAAUUGAGGAAAUUGUGGCGAACAUGUUGCUGGAAUGGGUGCCGCUGCUUGCGACUUCGUACCUCCUGGCGUUGGAACGGCAUCAGGCGGCUGCCGCAGCCGCUUGGAAGCAGCUGCUGCUGGUGGACAUGGACAUCUUCAGCUUGGUGGACGUGGCUGUGUGGGCGACAUGCCGGGUCGCAAUCCUGGCCCAGGGGCGGUUGCCCAUUGGACCCCAUAACCGCCCUGCUCUGCCUCCUGUGGGGCCGGCGGUUCAGGCGAUGCUGCUGGCCUUCCCUGCUGAGUUCGCUGCUGCCAUGGCGCCCCGCUGUGCGGAGAUGAUGGCAGAGCCUGCAGGUACCGGACGCAGCAGCAGCAGCAGCAGCGGUGGAGCCCGCAGUAAGGGCGGCAACGGAGGCGGAGGCGGUGCAUCACGCAGGGGGCGGCUGCCCGUGCCCAGCUUGGUAUCCGUGCUGCGGAAGGGAGACCACAUGUUUUCGGAAGUCUCGCAGCGUGAGAGGAUAAGGCGGCUGCUGGGAGACUGUGGCGAGGAGGGGCGGCUGAGUGCGAUGGAGGAGGUGCGGAUGGGGCUGGAGACGGAGCAUGGGUGCGUGGCUGAGCGACUGACGCCGCCGCACCU